ACUAUUUAAAUAAAUUACACAAUUACAUUGAUCAUAUAUUAAAAUUUUAGAUUUUCUUGUAUAUGUUGUAUUUUGAAUUUUUCAAAACGAGUAUAAAUAACUAAAACUGUUAAAAGUCUCACAUAAACUUUUGUGAUCAAUGUUUAAAUUUUUUUCUAUAGUAAGAUACAAUGAUAAUAAAAUCAUAUAAAUAAAUAAUUUUAUUUUAAUAGGUGUUUAUGUUAAUAUAUAUAUACUUCAUGUCGUUUAAAUUUAAUUAUAUAUCAUAUACGAUAGAUAAGAUUGAUUGUUUUGAUUUAUUUAUUCUAAAAUGAUUGCGAAUAAACAAGAACGGUCAUUUGAUUUAUAUGUACAAGCCAAUUUAUUACAUAAUAGUAACUAAUUUCUUAGUUAUUUAAUAUAUAAAUAUUAUUUUAUUAUUUCAUAAUAUGCAGAAAAAAAUAUAAAAUAAGUAUUUAUUCUGCACAAAGCGCAGAUCUUAACCUAAGUAUGUAUCUCUUUAAUAAUUUUGAAUCUUAAACAUUUUCUAAAUCUCAGACCAAUAUAAAAGAAAAAAAAUGAGAAAAACUCAAAAAUCAAUAUUUAUAUCGAGCAAUAACCAAAACGACACAAAAAUGAGAAAAAUAUCGAAUAUAGAUAGGAUUGGCACGUGAACGUAAACUUUUCAUAACCAUAAUUAACUUUUAAAUUGCUAAAUCAUGAUAUAAAACCGAACUGACAUAGUUUCAUUGUAACCAAAUAGUAGGCAUGAGAUUCUUCGGCCUAAAAGUUAGGUUUUUAUGCGAUAAAUAAUUUUUUGACCUAAAAUAUUUUUAAAAAUGGGAUCAGUUCAUUACUAAACAAAUUAUAUAAUUAAAAAAGGUUUUAAAAAAUUGUUUAAGAGCCAAAUAUAUUAAUUCGAUCAAUACUAUGAAUUUUUUUUCAUACGAUAUUUCUUAAAUAAUUUUCAUAUAAAUUUAUGCAGGUCUUAUCCUAGUAUAUAUAUAUACACAAAGACAUGUAUGCUUGUCACACUGUUUUACUCGAAUGAACUUUAAAUCAUAUAAGGAUGAUCUUUAGGGUCCAAUAGUGCCCAUUUCACGAUCUUUCCUCGCAGUGUUGCGAAUCUGACUGAACUUUGGUUUAAUUAUAAUUAGAUUCUGAUCCGCGCUUUUAAAACGCAGAAUUUGUUUCUUUUUAAAAUUUAUAAGAUUAUGUAUUCUUAUAUAAGAUAAUCUAUUUACAGUUUUGAUAUUUUCUAGAACUAUUCCUACCAUUGUAUUAAUCUAUUUAAUUUUUACAGCUAUAACUGAUACAUCUACAAAAAAAAAAAUUAUAAACUAAAUUUUAUAGCAUAGAUUUUAAAGCUACAUCCCAACCUCCAUAGUCGUGUUGUUUGUACUCAUCAGUGAAUUUUAUAGGUUUUGAAUUGUUUAUACUUAUUGAUUUAAUUAGUAGAGGUGAAUAUUAGAAUAGAUUAAUUUCCUUUUUGCAGCGGACACUAAUUAUAGAUUGAUCAAUUUGUUUCUUCUUCUUUCCGAUAAAUAUUUUAGGUAGGUCCCGUGUUUUUUUUAUUUUUUAUUUUUCUUGUUUUAACGAUUUUUAAUGGGUCCAUCAUUAAUAUCAGAAUAUUCUCUUAACGGCAUAGAAUUGUAAUUAUAGUGUUAAACUAUGGGCAAAAUCUUAGGAGGUAUUUUGCUUUAGUAGUAUAGAUAAUAUGCCACAAAAUUUAUAAAUUAUGGAGUUCAGUUUUGGUAUAUGAAAUAGAAUGAAUGAUUCAUCAAUAAAUAUAUGUGAUUUUAUAAAAACACAUGUAUAUAUAAAUGAAUGAAAUUCAAAUAUAACUGUUAUAUAAAAUAUAAUACAAUAUAAAAUUCACAAAACCGUACUAUACAAAACUUGUAAAGUAUAUAUAACUGAAUGUGAGAUUAAAAUUUUAGUGUCAUUUGCAUAUCAACCAUAGCCAUACCCGUAUGGGAUUGUUGGGUCAAUAGUUAGAAUCGGUUUAGCUAUAUAAUUAUACGAAAUUUUGCUUUGUUAGUCUGAUACGUUGAGUCGGUGAUAUAUAAUAAUUUGGUAAGUUUUCAUAGUGAUUAAUGACAUUGAAUAGUUGAAAUUUUCAUAUACAAAAAAUUUCCAUCCGAAUUGUUGGGAUUGUUAUAUUCAGUUCAUCUGAAUUAUAGGGGUUAUUAUAUUUUGUUCUAAUAAGAUAUACAUAAGUCCAAAAUUAAAUGACAACUUUUAUAAGCAUAUAUAAAAUAAGACUCUAUUUUAAUAGAGUAGACUAGAUCUUGACCUUCACGACCUGUAAUUUUUUUCUAAUAAUCAAAUAUUGUAUGUUAUACAAUAAAAUAUAUAAGUAGAUUAAUAUAAUUUGGUGUUAUAUAUUAUCUAAUUUUAUAAUAAUAUUUGUGUGGCGUAUAAUAUUAUUACUAUAAAAUUUCUAAAUUUUUUAUUUUUGUAAACAAAAUUUAUUUUGAAAACAUUAUUAUUUAACAAUACUGAUUUACAUAAUUUUUGUUUUAUUUCUAAAUUUAAAAUAUAUGUGGAAAUCAAAUUAAGUUGAACUUACAUAAUAGAGAAUUUGGUAUAUACUGAUUAAUUAAACCAUUUUGUAUAGUUGUUUAAAUAAUAAACUGAAUUAAUUUUUAACUCAGGAGAAUACACAAACGUUAAAAACAGUAGACUGAAGUUUUAUAUAUACGACAUGAAUAAAGAUCAAAUGUUUCAUCUAUGAAGGGAGGUGUAAAUUAAUUGAAUUAAACAUCUAAAGGUAUGACUUUUAAAUGGUCUAAAUUGAAAAAAAUCGCAUAUGAAAUAAGUCAUAAUUUAUAUGCUAAAUAAAUAAAAUAUUUUUACUUUUAAAUUAGAUAUAUAAUGAACAUUUCUUUUAAAAAACAUCUUUUAAAAUAUUUCUUAAAUUUAGUUUUGAAAAUUAAAUCAAUUUAAAAUUUUUAUCAUUAUUAAAAUAUUGUUAAAAUAUUUUAUAUAAUUAUUAUUUUGUUUACAAUCAAAACUAAAUUAAAAUUUAGUUUCUAAUUAUACUUUGUGAUAAUUAAAAUUUUAAUUAACUAAUUUCUAAAAUAUAUUUUAAAAAGAUUCUAAAAAUAUAUUUGAAAUAUUUUGUUAGACAUUUCUUUAAGAUUUAAUAGUAAUUCAAAUAAAAUAAAAUAUUAAAAGAUAUUAUAAUUAAGUUAUGUAAAAUAUAUUUAAUUUUCUAGGAAUGGUCCAAAUAAAAAAUCACACAUGAAAGAAGUCAUGACUUCUAUUUUAAGGGGGUGUUAGUGGGACUUAGAUUUCUAUUGAGUUUGUUGAUUUUAAAAGUUGAGAGAUUUGUUAAAUUGGGAAAGAAUUGUAGAGAAUUUUGUAUAUUGUGAAAAUAUAUUAAAAUAAAAUAAUGUAAUGAUUUUAAAAAUUCAAGGGAAACAUGUAGUAUUCUCAAAAUCUUGUUUUGUGAGUUAAAAUAAUAAAAAUUCAACUCCCAAUAACACUUAUUUUAAUAGAAUUGUAGAAUCAUUUAAAUGUUAAAUUUUUGAAUAACAAAUAAUUUUGUAUAAAAUUAUAGAAUCAUCAAACCAGUAACACUAGAUUUUAAUGAGAAUGUGAGAAUUUAUAAACCAAUAUUACUAGACUUGAAAGUUCUAAGACUCAUUAUAGACUAGAUUCUUACAUACGCUUAUAAAUCGCAUAACAAUUACCUAGCAAAUUUAACUUACUAAAAUUUAAAUAUUUAACUUUAUUUCUGUUUAUGUGUUGGCCAGUUUUUUUUUUUUUUUGGUGAUAGCAGCGUCUGUUUAAGGCAAAACUAUUGGAUUUUAAAUUUACAGUAUGCUCAAUUUAUCAAAUUUUAUAAUUUAUUAUAAUAAUUGCUUGUUAAAAUUACUAAAUAUUGAAAAUAUUUUUUGAUCCAUUUGAUAAUUUAAAUAUCAUAAAAAAUAUUUUAUUUUCAUUUUUUAAAGCAAGAAAAACUGAAUCAAUAUUUAUUAAUAGUAUUUUGAUAAUAAUUGUGAAUAGUUUGUUAUUUGAAAAAAAACAUUUUAACUAAUAUUUUGUUAUAGUAAAGCAUAAAUAUAGAAAAAAAUAAAAGAUAUUAUUUAGUGGUAGAAUAAUCUAAUGUGCAUUGGUGCAUUGUAUUAAAAUGACCAAACUACCAUUAAAGAAAACUCAAGUCAUAGUUAUAAAUCUCAAAAAUGUACUUUUAAAUCUCCAACUAUUUGAAACCAUUAUUUUUAAUACUCAACUAUCACUUGCGGAUAUUUAAUCCCGAAGUCAUUAGUUGACUGCGCAAAAUUAGACUUACAAAUGUUAAACGUUAAUUACUAGACAAAAACGUUAAUUGUAAUUAGAAAAGGGAUCGAGUUUGGCUUUCAAAACUCUAAAAUCCCUGAAAUCGAUUUUUUUAUGCGAUUCUAAGUGAAAAGAAGCGAUUCACGGUGACCAAAGAUUAAACAAAUGUACUUCCGGUGAGUGGAUGGUAAAAACCUACUUUGGAACUCGGACAUGAUUCAACAAAGCUUAUUCGUUUACCUUUCACUCUCUAUCGGAAUUGAAAUUCUGGAUGAUCUUCAAAUAAAAAAAAAUUCCCAACUUCUACCACUAGUUCCAAAGUAGGUUUUCACCAUCCUCUCACCGGAAGUACACUUGUUUAUUAUUCAGUCGCCGUGAAUCACUUCCUCUCACUCGGAGUCGCAUAAAGUGAAACAAUUUUAGGGAUUGGGUUUUAAAAGCCAAACUUGAUCACUUUUUUUAUUUCAGUUAACGUUUAUGUUUAGAAUUAACGUUUGACUUUUUUAAGUCUAAUUUUGCGCAGUCAACAAUGACUUCGAGAUUAAAUCUGCGCAAGUAAUAGUUGGGUAUUAAAAAUGCUGAUUUCAAAUAGUUGGAGAUUUAAAAGUCCAUUUUCUCGUUAUAAAUCAGUGGCAUUUUCAUAAUAUACCCCACGUAAUUGUAAAAUUAUUUCAAUAUGUUGAUUUUCUUUUAAUAAGAUAGAUCAUAUGUGUAACAGUUUAUCAUAAAUUUUUAUCAAAGUAAAAUAUAAAAUAAACAAUAAUCUUACUCUAUAGUAUAUCCUGGAUUUAUGUUUUCUCAUAAUGAAUAAGCAAAAUAUCUAAUUAACCAAACACAAAUUAAAAUCCAAGAUCAUUAAUUUUUUUUUGGAAUAUUUGCGUUUGUGACGUCAAUCUCAGUUUGAUUCCAGUAUCCAGUGUUCGUUUGGAUGUUAUAAAACUGAUCUCUUGAACAAAAUCUUAAGAACUUGUCCAUGACCAAAUAGGUCAACAAGGUCACAAAUCAACGUCGACAAGGUCGUAUAAGCGACCAAAUGAGCAGUCAACACUUCUCCCGUUGCUUUCGUCGUUGCGUCGUUGGAUUUAUUUUACUUUUCAACCACAUACCAGAAACAAUACUAGCUAUAAGUUAAAUAAAGAUUGACUCCGUUACUCUUUUAAUAGUCGUCGCAAUGCUUUUUUGUUAUUAUUAUUAUUUUUUUUUUUGGACAAAUGCUUUUUUGUUAUUUAAAAAUAGAAAAAACUAUGUGGGUCAUAGUAUUAGAUUCCUAGUAGUUUCCUAUGCAAUUUCUAUAUAAUGGAUAUCUUAUUGCUUGCAAUUGUCAUCAAGAAGGUUCAACAUCUCAAACCAUACCUCAUCUCGUUCUUUCUUUAAUAAAUAUAUCGGAAAUUUCUCAAGCUUUUCUCUAGUAUUCUUCAGCCAUGACCGCUAAGAAAGCUGUGUUGCAAUUGAGUGUCCACGAUGAGAGAAUCAGGAAGAAAGCGUUUGUGACCGUCUCUCGAUCUCAAGGGGUUACUUCGAUAACAAUGGAUGACAAAACAGGGAAAAUGACAGUAGUUGGAGAAGUUGAUACACCGGUUCUCGUGAUGAAGCUAAGGAAACUGUGUAAUGCAGAAAUUGUUUCGGUUGAAGUUGUUAAACCACCUGAGAAAAAGCCUGAGCCGGCGAAACCGGCUCCAGCUAAACCUGAUACGGCUAAACCGGCUGAAAUUGUUGCCUUUCCAGUUACGCAUAUGAACUACCCGUACCAAUAUCAUUCUUCCUUUGCGAAUUCGCACUAUCAGCCAUACGGGAAUUCUAGAGUUGUGGUGGAGGAACCAAACACUUGUGUGCUUAUGUGAUUUAAUACAAUUACUUUUAAAAUAAUGUUAGUUGUUUAAUACUUAGUUUUGAUGGGAGAGUGUAUUUUUUUGGGGUACUGUAUAAUGUACAUUACUCCCGUGAGCUCAUUCGAGGGAAACAAAUAUUUUAUGUAUGAUAAAGUUGCUUUGUUAACUUUUUACUUCGAAAUAACUAGUAUUUUUCCUCGCA